UGGCGCACGAUCUACAAGAUGAGAAAAAACAUAACCUCCGGGAGAAAGAUUGUAUGUUGCGUUUACUAGUUGACCAGACCAGGCGUUGCGUUUCCAAAGAGCUCUCCAUCGGUCUAUUACUAUAUACAAAACAAACAAUUACUAAGCAAUCUUGUGAGGACGACUUCCCUUUUUGUUAAGCAAAUGGAAGGAGGAGAAAGAGGAGUCCCUAAUUAUGCGCUGCAAGUCUCGUUCUCCACUACUCCACAAGCGAUCCAUGGAACUGGGUUUAUACAAUUUGAAGAGAACCAAGUUAUGGGUUUCAUGGCUCCCUCUCUGUCUUCUCAUCAAAUUAUAUCUCAGCCUCUCAGUACUUCCCCUUUUAGUAAUACCACCAAUUCCCCCACCGCCAUCAGAUUCACCCAUAACGACCAGGUAGGGACCUUAGAUCCCGUUCCAAAGCUACACGACGCCAGUAACGCCAAGGAUGCAAAUAAUAACUCAUGGUGGAGGAGCUCAGCCUUGGAGAAGAACAAAGUGAAGGUUAGGAGAAAGCUUAGAGAACCAAGAUUUUGUUUCCAGACGAGAAGCGACGUGGAUGUGCUAGACGACGGCUACAAGUGGAGAAAAUACGGGCAGAAGGUUGUCAAGAACAGCCUUCAUCCAAGAAGCUAUUAUCGAUGCACGCACAACAACUGUAGAGUGAAGAAGAGAGUUGAACGAUUGUCUGAGGAUUGUAGAAUGGUGAUCACAACCUAUGAAGGCUACGAUUUACUUCUGGGAUCUGUUGCCGCGUUUUAUGUGCUCAUGGUGCCCUACACUAAAGUUGAAGAAAGCUUCAACAUUCAGGCUAUGCAUGAUAUUCUUUAUCAUCGGCAUCGUUUAGAUAACUAUGAUCAUUUGGAGUUUCCUGGUGUUGUUCCUCGCACUUUUAUCGGGGCAUUGCUUGUGUCAAUUUUCGCAUCUCCAAUUGUAUUAGCAGUGCAACUGCUGAAGUUGCCAAAGAUUUAUAGUCUUAUAAUUGUACGUCUGGCAUUGGGUUGCAUCAUACUAUCUACAUUACGUUUUUUGCGUAUUCAGGUCAAAAACAAGUUUGGACAUCAAGUUGAAGUGUUCUUUGUAAUAUUUACUGUGAUUCAGUUUCACCUGCUGUUCUAUUGCUCUCGUGCACUUCCAAAUAUUCUAGCUCUGGGUGUAGUAAAUUUGGCAUACGGGCAUUGGUUGAAGGGGAAUUUUUAUGCUGCUUUAAACUAUCUGAUCUUUGCUACAACCAUCUUUCGAUGUGAUAUAAUCUUACUUCUCGGUCCUCUUGGCCUGGAGCUUUUGUUGACCAAGUCAAUUUCAUUUUGGAGAGCAUUAAAGUGCUGCACUUUGACCACUCUUUUGUGUAUAGGUCUCACCGUAUUGGUUGAUUCAAUCAUGUGGAAGAGGUUUCUUUGGCCUGAAUUUGAAGUUUUUUGGUUCAACUCUGUUCUUAAUCGAAGUUCUGAAUGGGGUACACAUUCCAUUCACUGGUAUUUUACUUCUGCUCUGCCUCGUUCGUUACUCGCUGCAUAUCCGCUUUUCAUGCUUGGGGUCUUACUUGACAGAAGGCUUCUUCCUCUGGUUUUACCGGCACUUUCGUUUGUUGUACUUUAUUCUAAGCUUCCUCACAAGGAACUCCGUUUUAUUAUCAGCUCGAUUCCGAUCUUUAACUUAUCUGCUGCAGUUGCAGCAAGCAGAAUCUACAACAACAGGAAGAAGAGCUUCUGGAAACUUCUCAAUUUAAUCAUGCUAGGAUUACUUUUAGUUAGUCUAGGGUGCACAAUCAUAACUUUCAUGGCAUCCUAUGAGAAUUAUCCCAGUGGUUAUGCUUUAAAAGAGUUGCAUCAGAUUGGCCAUCUUUCUAACAAGUCCAACGAACUCUGGGUUCACAUUGAUCCAUUUUCUGCCAUGAAUGGAAUAUCCCUUUUCUGUGAAAAUGAAUUGCCAUGGAGGUACUCUAAAGAAGAAGAGAUUGCCCUCGAGGAAUUUUACCUGAGAAACUUCACCUAUCUUAUAAAUGAACAUCCAGCUAUUGAUGGGUACAAAUGUUUAUUUUAUGUGAAUGGCUUUGGGAGACUUCGUGUCCAGCCAGCAUUUCCACCUAUCCUCCUGGAUAGAGAGCCCAAAGUGUAUAUUCAUGGGAACAUAAAAAAUGAAGAGCUGAUGCUUAGACCUUGGUCCGGAUGCUCGUAAACUAAGUUGCACUGCAGUUAAAUCUUAUGCUUUCUUCAUUAUCUGACAGAUGGGCAAGAGAACCAACGGUAUGAAAUAUUUCAACAUUGCUUUUCAAAUGGCUAUUGCACCUAUAAGUUAACCAUUCCGAGUUUAGGGUAUGUAACAUUUUAUG